CGUUGUUUUAGGCAAAUUUGAGAAAACUUUGGACGAAGAAAAAAAUAAAGAAAGGAAAACUUUUAAAACUGUAUUUACAUUUUUAUACGUUAUCGACAAGGCUCUUUUAUGAAGGCUUACUGAAUCUAAGUCUAACAUCAAACAUUUUUGAGUUUUGUGUUGUUUAGUUGUGCUCCCCAGGCUCGCGCCGACGCAGUUCUGUCAAAACCUCAAAAGGCGCCACUUCAAAAGUUCAGGUGAUAGAUCUAGCUUGCUCCAGUCAACAUGAUGUUCUACACUCAACUCUUCACGUCAAAGCGGGGCCCUUUAGCCAAGAUUUGGUUAGCUGCACACUGGGAAAGAAAACUCACCAAGGCCCAUGUAUUUGAAUGUAAUCUUGAAAAAACCAUUAGGGACAUCAUUUCUCCAAAGAUGAAAAUUGGUUUGCGGACAUCUGGUCAUCUGCUCAUUGGUGUGGUCAGGAUCUACUCCAAGAAAGCAAAGUAUCUCCUUGCAGACUGUAAUGAAGCCCUGGUCAAAAUUAAAGUAGCAUUCAGGCCAGGUCAGACAGACAUGCCUGUAGAGGGGCUCGAGGCCACUAUGAAAGCAAUUACUCUGAUUGAGGAUUUUACAGCUUUGGAUGCCCAGCUGCCAGCCCUGAGUAACAUUGACGUGGACCACUUUUCACUGAACCGGAGUCGAGCAGAAGAAAUCACUCUGAAAGAAGAGUUUGGAAGUGGCUUUCUGAACUUGGUAGAUUUUGUAGAGGUGUCCCAGAGUCACAACAAUGCACUGCUGGAUAUGAGCUUCCACAGCCUGGGUCAGAAGGAGGACACUUUUGGAGAUGAGAAUCGAACCUUUGAGCUGCUUGAUUUCUUUGCAAGCCCCAGUGAUCCUUCUGAGUCCACUGACUUAAUCCCUGAAGAGCCCCAGAUUGAAAACUCAGACGUCUCUUCUUUCAGUAAUCAACAAGAUGAUCACAAAACAGUGAUGAAGACCCCAAAAUUGAAUGAGACCACCCUGCUUUCUAAUGCAGAGACAGCCUUUGCCCUUGAACCUGUGGCCAUCACUCCAAACUCAGGGAGGAAGAAGGGGAAGAGGAAACGCAAGUUGGUCGUGGACCAGACUAAAGAGCUGACGAGUGAAUUCAUAAGGGAGCAAAUCUCUGAUUAUUCAGAUCUUAUUGCCCCGAUGGACAUGGCCCCUCCAACGCAGCAGCUCAUGGAGUGGAAGGAGAGCGGAGGAGUGAACAAACUCUUUCUACAGCCAUGUUGCAGAGUAGCAACUCCACAAAUAUACGAGCUCUUUACCGAGAGUGUUUUCCAGAGGAAACUUUCCACUGUGCAUGAGGAAGCUGAGGUUAUGCGCCAGGGUGGACAAGAAGCUCAAAGGGACAUCAGUGCCCUCACCACAGAGAACAUGACUGUGGUAGGUUCCUCGUUGAAUACUGAGCAAACACACACUGAUUUGACAGACCUCACUCACAUGAAUGACAGCAAGAGGGAAAGACGCACAGAGCAUGCACAAGAUGAAAACCAGUUUGAGUUCACUCAACCAGAACUCCCAUCAGAAGACUCCAUGUUUGUCCAUCCAUCUUUCAUGGAGCAGACAACUUCGCACACACAGUCCAUGUUGGACAGCCAGGACUUUGAGGAGAGGAAGAUAACCAAGCGUGCAGAGAAGCUUUUCAACACUCUCAAAAGCAACAGCGACACCACGUUCAGUCUGGAGGCUCUCUGUGAAGGAGGAGAUCGCUGGAAAGCUGCGACUACUUUCUUCUGCCUCCUGGUCCUGAAGAAACAAAAUGUACUUAACCUGCACCAGAGUGCUCCGUAUGAGGUCAUCCUCGCCACGCCAGGACCCAAGUUCUAUAGUUAGGAAAAGAAAGCAUUGCAAAAACUCAAAGUUUAGCAAGUAUAUUUAUCUAGUUUCUAGUCAAAAAUAUCUCAUUACACUCACUAUAAUCUGCACGUCUAGACAAUCAUCUUGCAGUAUGUCCUAACGGCAUGCAACAAGGAUGAGCAAAAAAAGCGUCUUGAACAAGGAGAUGGAGGCACCAGGAGUGUCAGACAGGAAGAUUUUUUAUUGUCUUUCCCUUUCGUCACGUAACAGAGCUUGUUAGCUGUCAGGACAUGGUGUAAUAAAUAAAAAGAGCUACUGCUGCAGCAAGUGAAAUGUACGCAAGUGUCCUAAAAAAAGUUAAGAAGCAUUUCUAACAUUGCUUGCAGCAUCAGUGGGUGUUUUUUCUCAUGUCUAACAAUCCAGGCGUUACGUUCAGCAUAUACCGUCCUGAUAUAAGAUGUUUAUAACCAGGGUAAUGAGAUAUUUUGGACUAAAAUCAGGCAAACUUGAUGAGGUAUAUGAUGUCCAGCUCAGUUUGAGUUUCCAUCCUGGUUCCUUUUCCAGAUAGGAGAAGCUCUUGUUGGUGUACCUGUCAAAGUUAAAGUGUUCAAUUUAAUUUACUUAAAUAGAUUUCCUUGUAAAUAGUAAACCUAUUAUUAAUGUGAGACACAUCCGCUUGUCAGUGUUUGUCUCUAAACAUGUACACAUUCUUUUAGUUUUGUUCAUGGCACUUUUAUUUGUAAAAAAAAAAAAUGGGGAAGUAUGAAUGAAAGACUAUGAUGUCUUAAUCUCUUUGUCAAACUGUUGUAGUCUCUCUCUGACAUCUGAGCCUAACAAGUGAAUAUUUUUAAGUGAUCCUUAAAAGAAAUGUUUUUAUUGCUGUGCCAUAAUGUUAAUGUUCUGUCCAUGUAGGAGUGACAUUUCCAGAGUUCAGUUCAUGUCAGUCCAGUUCAAUUUCUUAUUCAAAACAUUUUAUAAACCAGACCUGCUGUUCAUCAGGUGUCACUUUAAACUUUUUUAUUCCAGAAAGGAAAGCUAGAAAGAUAUUUCAUCAAAGGAAAAUGUUUACCAGGUAUGUCUUUAAGCAUUGAUUUUAACGAGAUCUGUACAACAUAGCUGCCAACAUAAAUAUCUGUAUUUAAAGCAACUACACAACUGAAUAUUUGUACUUUGAUUAAUGUUUUUACUAAAAUAUGGCUGUGUUUCUGUA